GGAGGUAUCAUCAUGGGGCGUGCGAACUUACUCCUCAGCGAGGAGCUCGAGCGUGCCUUCGCCGACGCGCAGAGCGGCAAGCUGCGCUACGUGAAGGUCUCCAUCGACGACGAGUCGUUCGUGCUGGGCGCCGCGGGCCCUGCGACGUCCGAGCCUCGCGCGGACGUGGCGCAGCUGGUGGCGUCGUCGCUGAGCGCGGAGCAGGCGGCGUUCGUGCUGCUGUGCCCCGACACGAACGUGGCGGCGCUGCGCUGGGUGCUGCUGGCCUUCGUGCCCGAGGGCGUGAGCGUGCGCGACCGCAUGCUCUACUCGUCGUCGCGCGACUCGCUCAAGAAGCAGCUGGGCAUGAACUACUUCGCGGGCGAGUUCCACGCCACGGAGCUGAGCGAGGUGACGUGGGAGAGCUUCCUGGAGGCCAGGAAGAAGCAGGCGGCGGACGCGCCGCUGUCCGAGUCGGAGCGGCUGCUCAAGGAGGCGGCCAUGCUGGAGCGCGACACCAACGUCAAGUCCAGCGCCAUGGGCGUCGUUCCCUUCGAGAUCACGCAGAACGUGCGCGACAAGCUACGCCUGCUGCAGGACAACAAGUUCGACUGGAUCGCCAUGAAACUGAGCGAGGACAAUGAGAGCGUCGAGGUGGUCAAGAGUCUGGAGAGCGUGGAGCUCAUCGAUGUGCCCACGACGCUCGACCGCCGCGCCCCGAGCUUCGUGGCGUAUCGCUACCGCGGACCCUUGUCGUCGGGCGCUACGUCGGCGUUGAUUUUCAUGUACGUGUGCCCGGAGGACUCCCCUGUGCGCCUGAAAAUGGUCUACUCGACGUGCAAGGCCACGGUGCUGUCUGUUGCUAACGAGCAGCUCAACAUUAAGUUUGACCACACGGUAAGUAGAUGCGUCUCCGUGUAG